AUGGGGAAACGCAUAUCUUCCAACGAAUCUUCCGACCGGGAAAGGAAAUGGGAUAAAGUUUUCAAUGCUUUAGUGAAAAUGUCGCAGAAUCUACAAAAAGAAAGACAAAUUCUUGAAGACCGAGUUAAAUUUUUGCUCGAUCUAAUCUUCCAGAUGAAGAUGGAGCAGAAGGUGGAGUCGGUGAAAGCGGAAUUGAUGAUGGGCUUGAAAGAGAGAGAGGCUUUUAUUUUCAAGCAUAAAUAUGAAGAUACCGACAGUGAAUUAUCAGACUUCAGGGAAUGGUUUGACUACCUCUCUGAGAAAUGUGCUGAGUCAAAGGUUAUAUCAAAUGAUGCUAGUACUGCAAGAGAAGUCCGUGGAAAUAUGGCAUUGCAAAGUGAAGUGAGGAGGCUGAGAGGUGAAAUCGAGAAAUGUAAUUCGGAAAAGAACUCAGAGGUUUCUGCUCUAUUGGCAGAGAAGAAUUUUAUAUGGAACCAGUACAAAACAAUGGAGACUGAUUUGACAGAUCAGUUGAGGAGAAAAUGUGCUGAAGUUGAAUAUUCAAAUGGGAAAAUAAAAAAACUUGUGAGCAAAAUGGAGGAAUUACAGUUUUCUAAUGAAAACUUAAGAACUGAUCUUGCCAUGUUGGAAUCUGACUCGAACAAAAAGAGUGAAGAAAUUUCGAGACUUUCGAAAGAAUUAGAACUCAUAAAGUCCAGAUCAGGGUCUGCAACACCGGUAUUACGGCCCUGCAGGGAGGGAUCAGGGACGUCGAAGAACAGUAGCAUGGAAGGAAGGGCUAUAACAGUGAGAAAAGAAAUAGAUUCUUCACAAAUCGUGGCAAAGUUCGCACCUACAAAGCCAACUGCUCGCAAGUCUACCGGAGGAAAAGCUCCCAAGAAGCAACUUGCUAUUAAGGGAAGUGGUAGUUCAAAGAGAAAAGCUGAUGUGAUCAUCAUUCCAGAUACUCCCAAAUUGUUUACAUCCUCAUUUAAAGUCCCCAAAUUGAAGAAUUGA